AUGGCCCCGUCGGGGGGCUUUGGGUGCCGCGGCUGCCGGCGGGCCCUGGCCUGGCUGCCCGUGCUCAUCAUCGUCCUCGUCGUGGCCUGGGCCUACUACGCCUACGUGUUCGAGCUGUGCGUUGUGACUGUGACCAACCCAAUUGAAAAAGCCGUCUACCUCACCGCUUUCCACGCCAUCUUUGUGCUUUUUGCCUGGACCUACUGGAAGUCUAUUUUUACCCUGCCUUGCCAGCCAAACAAAAAGUUCCACAUGACGUACGCGGACAAGGAGCGCUAUGAGAAUGAAGAGAGACCCGAAGCCCAGAGGCAGAUUCUCACCGAGAUGGCCAAGAAGCUACCGGUAUAUACGAGAACCGGGAGUGGAGCCGUGAGAUUCUGCGACCGGUGUCAGCUCAUCAAGCCGGACCGCUGCCACCACUGUUCCGUCUGUGCCACGUGUGUGUUAAAAAUGGAUCAUCACUGCCCUUGGGUGAACAACUGUAUCGGCUUUUCCAACUACAAAUUCUUCCUUCAGUUCUUAGCCUACUCUGUGCUCUUCUGCCUGUACAUAGCAACAACAGUCUUCCAAUAUUUCAUCAAAUACUGGACGGGCGAAUUACCCAGUGUUCGCUCCAAGUUCCACAUCCUCUUUCUCCUCUUCGUGGCCUGCAUGUUUUUCGUCAGCCUCAUGAUCCUCUUUGGGUACCACUGCUGGCUCGUCAGCAGGAACAGAACAACCUUGGAAUCCUUCUCCACUCCAGUGUUUGUGAACGGCCCCGACAAGAACGGUUUCAACCUCGGCCUCUCCAGGAACCUGCAGCAAGUGUUUGGGGAGGAAAAGAAACUCUGGUUACUUCCCAUCGCCUCCAGCCCCGGCGACGGCCAUUCCUUCCCUCUGAGGGCCGUGUGCGAGUCGCGCAACCCCUUGCUGGCCAACGGGGAGCACUGGGGGGACAACUGUUCUGACGAAGACAGCCGAGAUUAUCCAGAGGGCUCUUCGCUGACCAUCGAGAUGGAGACGUAGCCGGUGAGACGGGUCAGCCCCGAGGCAGGCUCCGCUCCCCCUUUCACCCGGGAACUCCUCGUCUCCGUCGCCGGGCUCCCCGGAGGCCGGUGGGAACCGAGAUCUGGGAGCGGCCGUCUUUCGAAAUCCCGGCGGGAUUCCGGGGCGGAUGGAAACCGUCCCCAGCCGGAGCGCUCCUCAGAUGCCCGCUGUGCAGCUGCUUCGGGACUUCCACCCGCGGCCUUUGGAAACGGACCCACUCGCCUGGGCGGCUGGAUAGCGAUCGAUUCAGGGCAGUCUUCCCGCGUCUCUUCUCCCCGCGGCCUAGCUCAGCCUUAGCGCAGCGAUGAAAGUGUUAGUGUAACGUAAGCGGCGACCCCAACUCCGGGUGACCUCCUCACAGCCCUCGAUGGCCACGGACAGGCCGUGAGACCUAACUGUCCGGUGCGGUGGUGGAGAGGUGGGCUAGGAAGACGUGUAAAGGGGUGGGGGCGCGGGACCGUCGAUGCUCCGUACAGCUUUGUUCCGGCGAAUGACCGAUUAAUAGGUCGGGAGCGCCGAUGCUUUUUUUUUUUCCCAGGAAACUUGGGGAAGCGGCAGCUUGUCGCCGUUAGCACCUCGGUCUCUGGGACUUUGGCGGGCGCGUUUGGCCCUUGUCGCCAAGGCCAGAUGGGGAAUUAAGCCCUUCUCCUUGAAGAGAUGGAGUGUGGGCAGAAGGACCUGUGGGAACCGGUGGCUGCUCUUCUGACCGGCAUCGGGCUAGAGAGAGGGAGAGAGAUGCCUCCCAGCCGGCCCCCCGGGAGCCAGCGGCCCCGGAGAGUGGCCGGCGGAAGUGCUCGGGGAGCCGACGACCUCGAGGAGGACUCCUCUCCAUGCCCGGCCCGUCUCCGCCCCGUUCGGGGGCCACCCGGCGCCGAGGCAGCGGAAGCGUGUCGACGUGGAUCACGGGCUCCCGACAUCCGACCGUGGGUUUGAAGUUGUUGCUCGGGUUUUUGAAUCUUUCUGUCCCCGGGGGGAACGGCCUGCAGCCCCGGGAGAGCUCGCCCACGGCGCGGGUGCCGAAAUGGGGGGUUCUGGGGGUCGGUGAAUUUGUUUCUCGGAGAGACACGUAGAGGGCUUGCUGACUUGUAUGACCCCCGCCUUGCAGAUGGCAAGUGCAGUGCCAAGCCCCGAGCGUUUGCUGGGAUCGGCGAGCCCGGGCCUAACCGGGGAACUGAAGCGCAACAACGCUCCCAAAUUUUCCGGGGGUUUCCGGGGGUCCUCGUCGAGUGAGCGUUUCUGGGAGCCGACUCUGUCGGUGGCUUAUUUCGGGCCAUCUGGGAGUGGUUCUGGUGCUAUUGGGUAAGGGCUUAUUAAGAAUUUAACACGGCCUAAACAUGGGGGUAGAUACAUAAGACAAUUAGAUGACACCCGCUCUCUGUCCCACCUGGAGCUGCAGUCUCAGAAGGAGAAUGGGAACUGAAUCCCCGUUUGACAGAUGAGGAAUCGGAGGCCCAGAGAAGCAAAGUGACUUGUCCAAAGGCAAGCGGCAGAGCGGGGAUCAGAACCCAGGUUUCCUGACCCUCAGGCCUGUGCUCACCCCGCUAGGCCACCUUCCUUGUUUUCCUGAAGAAACAGUCAGUACAGGGUGCUCUUGAGGGUCUGGGUGAUGAUGAUGAUGGUAUUUGUUAAGCGCUUACUGUGUGCCAGGCACUGUUCUAAGCGUAGAUACAAGGUAGU